CCGUAGCGAUAGUAUUAUAUAUUCUUAAAAAUGGAUCAAAGCUAUGAUGAAUUAUCGGAUCUUAGUGAUGGAAUCGAAACGCAAAAUGAGCCCACCCUGCAGGACUCAGCUCCAGCGUCACCAACGCUAGAGUUUGAUGACGUCGAACAAACUGAACAAAAUCAUAGUAUUCCAUCAGAAUCAGACAAUGAAAACACAGAGCAUACGGUAGAAACGUCUGGUACGCCAAACGAAGAUGUUGAUUCCACAGCUGAGGGCAAGAAUAGAUUGAGUAAGAAGGCAUUUAUCGGUAAAGACGAGGAUUAUGACACAUCAGCAGCUCAUAACACGAGUGAUUCAUCGGAAAACAUCAAAGUGCCCAAGAAAACAAGUUUGAAUAAAAAAAACAGAAGCAAAAAGAAUCAUGACAUUGAUGGAGAUUUCAUACCGCCGACAAAUGCUUUUGAUAAGAACCAUCUAGAUGCGGAUUAUGACUCAGAUAAUGAUGUAUCAGAAAGAAAAGUACAAAAGAAGAAAAAUGCGACUGCUGGAAAGAUAUACUUCGACGAAGUGCUGAAAAGGGUCAAGGAACGUAGGAAGAAAACUGUACAAAUGACACCGGAAGAAUGUCAACACUACUGUAGACAGUUAAUAGAUAGGAUGUUAAAGGCCGCUUCGGAUGAUCUUGCCGCCGUGCAACAGGGUAAACCAGGCUUGGCUAAACUGAAGAUGAUUAACGAUUUAUCUAAUUUUGCUAAACCAGCGUGGAGAAACUGGUGUAUAACAGAAGGUGCUGCCGUAGCCAUGGCAGCAUGGAUAUCGCCACUACCAGAUGGAACACUCCCUAAUCUUACGGUUAGAGCUAAAGUGCUAGAAAUAGCAUUAUUGCUACCAUUCCAACCAAGUGAUCUUAGAGAUAACGAUCUUGGAAGACAAAUAGUUGCAUUGUGGAAACAUCCAGACGAAACAGAUGCUAAUAGAGUACUCAUUAGGUCAAUUGUACAAAAAUGGGUCAGACCCAUGCUAGGACUUGCAUCAAGUUAUGCCGAUAUACAACAAGACUACACAAUAAACAGUAAAUCAAACGUGUUAUCGAUGGAAGGAGAUGUUAAAGAACGUAAAAUGGCGUUAAAAUAUGCACAACACAAAGCACAAAUGGGUAGCAUUAUCGUAAACCAAGAAAGAAUCAACUCAAAAUUAUCACAACUAUUCAAAGGAGUUGAUUCCAAACGCAAAAUACCAAAUAGGGCCACAAAGGUCAGUAUAGAUGGUACAUCAUCCUAAAGUAACAGUUAAUAGUAUAAUCAUCCUAUUGUGGG